AAGGAAGGUCGAACAAUGUCUCUCACGUGCUCUCAUCAAACACCCGUCCUCUUCUCCUCAAACCCACCUCACACUCGUCUCCCAAAACCUUCCCUCUUCCCCACCACUUCACUUCUGAAGCUUCCGCCGACCUUGUUCAGAAAUGGCAGCACCUCUGUUACUCACAGAAACAACAGAUUUCAACUCCAUGCAAACUCAUCCAGUGACUCGGACGAAAGACAACAAGUUAAACCAUCAUCAACCAGCCUCCUUUCUUUUCUUUGUCCCUUGCUCAAGCUCUUCUCCGGAGGAGAUCCCUCUCGAGAACGGAACUUUACCUUGGAGGUAGCCACAUCUUCCUUGUCUACGUUGGCUAGAUACCCUUGGGGAUCAAGAUCAAAUAAUUCAGACAGCCAGGACGUCACUACCUUGGAUCCUCCUAUGCGUCUGCAGCUUUUUGAAUUCGAGGCCUGCCCUUUUUGCAGGAGGGUUCGUGAAGCUAUGACUGAACUAGAUCUGUCAGCAGAGGUGUAUCCUUGUCCAAAAGGUUCGAUAAGACACAGAGAAUUGGUUAACAGAUCUGGUGGAAAAGAGCAAUUUCCUUUUCUUAUUGAUCCGAAUACCGGCAUAUCAAUGUAUGAAAGCGGUGAAAUCGUGAGAUACCUUUUUCAGCAAUAUGGGAAAGGCAGAAAACCUUCACCGGGGCUUUUGGAAAGUACAUUGCUGACAGGGUGGAUUCCUACAAUACUUCGAGCAGGUAGAGGAAUGACAUUGUGGGAAAGGGUGAGCUUAGAGCCACCACCUGAAAAGCUGGAGCUUUACUCAUACGAAAAUAAUCCGUAUGCACGAAUUGUGCGUGAGGCACUUUGUGAGUUGGAGCUUCCGUACAUCCUACAGAAUGUAGGACAAGGGUCCCUGCGGUCUAAGCUGCUUGUUGAUGCAUCAGGGUCCAAAGAGGUUCCCUACUUGAUUGAUCCCAACACUGGUACUCAUGUUGGUGACUACAAGAAGAUCCUGUCUUACUUGUUCCAGACAUAUUCAGUAGCCGCUGUAUAG